CGACGCAUGCCUAUUGGACCGCCGUUUUCUUGCCGAGUAUCCAAAGUAUUCGUCAGGACCACAGCUUUGAUUAGCGAACUUCGAAAUUUUCUCAACCAGAGCUAUUCAUCUCUAGCCCCUCGUAGUGUUCAGUGUGUUUAGCAAUAGGAUUACACAGUUCCAGUGCGUAUCGGAUUAUGUUUCAGUGCAGAAAAUGAGUGCGUAGUGCCAUCGUAGUAGAAGCAAGUUGCGAAAAUGUUCUUCAGGAGAGUUUUUGCCAAAAAUAAUGGGAGCUCGUCGACGAGUGGAGAAGGUUCUUCUUCUAACUCGUCGAACAAUGCAAGUUCAUCACCAGCUCGAUAUCGGAGGGUCCUGAAUGUGGAAGACAAUCACCGAGUGCUGUCGGUGCUGCAAUUAACACCUCUCUGGGAAUACAUCAUCCGGAAUAAUGAGCUCCCUGUUGGGUUGAAUAUGAAUGAAUUGUUUCGGGAGUUUCUGGAACGGCUGCAUGAUCCUGAGUAUCAAGUUCGGCAGCAUUCGCUACGAGUUCUGAUAGAUGUUCUGAUUGUUCUUCGUGAUGAAUCCGAUGUAUAUUUUGGCCCCCUGUUGCCACCAAUCAUCGACAAUCUGGGGCAUCCCUCGCCGGCUGUCCGGAAAGGGGCCUUGGACGUUCUAAAAGUGUACAUUGCCCAGACUAAGAUGCCGGAAACUGUCAUGCUUGAGAUCAUGAACUACGGAAUGGAUCGGAAUCCGAAGGAUCCUCUCAGUACACGAUACAUCGUAGGGGUGAUGCUGGCAUUACCAUCACUUAUUCAACCGGCAAUCCUAACAGCGAAGCGAACUUUCAUCCUACGUGCCGUCAUCAAUGCUUUGGGUGGAAAAAUGGUUCAAAUUACUUAUCAGGAAAUAGCGUUGAAGAUCCUGCUCAAGAUCAAAAACACCAUAGGUUCGCGAGAGUUCUACGAAUGUAUUUCCGUUGCGUACCGAAGAGAUUUCGAUUUGCUGUGCAACGUUUAUGGACUACCGAAUCCUCCAAAAAGUCCUCGAAGAGAAAAUGUUAUCAAUCUAACACCUCCGGGUUCCGAACUGCCCGUUCGGAAAUCAUGGAAGCCUCAUGUUCCUCAAGUUCCUACUACAGAAGUUCACCAACCGAUGCAACCCCUCUCUCCGAAAGCCCAACGAUGGAAAUCUGGAAGCUUCAACGACAUCUCCAGAGCCGAAGCUUAUGAAAAUGACUAUAAAUCUCGAUUCAAUAACAAUCCUUACGCGAUCAGUAGGUUACCUCAGCAAGGCAGUUCCGUGGUGCGACGAGUUAGUAUGGAUAACAUCGAUAAAAUCGACAGUUCCAGAGUUAUAAUGGAAACCGAUAUCAAAAUUAACAAGGAAUCGGUAACCAUGCGUAUUGUAGAAGCAGAAAACUCUCAAUCAAUUAGUGAAGAAAGUGAUGAAGAUAGUUCUAAGCGGUAUGGUAUAAUGCGAGUGUUGACAGAUAGUGAAAUGGACGAUAGUGCGGGCCAUAGGCGCGAAGAUAUGUCUGGUACAAUGCAAAACCAAUCUCCGGAUGAGUAUGUGCGAAGAACUCCCCGAAGAGUGCGAUUCGGAGGGGAGGUUGUGAAAAUGAGGACCCCUGAUAGUGAUACUUUUGAACAUAGUGAUCAUGAUGGAAUGACGGUUUCGCAGUCUUCUAGCUCUAGUGCACACGCUAAUGUGAAUAAUCCUAGUUCUUCGUUUACGGCUAGUUCUUCCGAAAGAUUUUCACCUACGAUGCAACGAUCUGCGCUCAAAUCAUCUACUUCCUCUACGGAUAAUUUUAGUUUUUCCCUAAGAAAGCAGUACUCACACUCAGCAGACACAGAAAGAUCUUCACCGCCAAUUAGCAGCGAAUACAUCAGUAAUAUGAGCAACAACCCAAGACCGAUGUCUGCCAAGCCCAGUAGCUAUAUCAGCUCUGAAGAUACACCAACACACCGGCAAGCAGCAUUUUCCAGACGGAGAAGCGUAACUUUCGAUGAAGAUGAAAUGCAAGCAUCUACUCUUUCAGCAACUACACUAGAUCAAUUGGAUACCCCGUCGCCAACUCCUGAACCUCCAGAGCCUCCAGAACCACCACGUGAACGUCCCAAAUCCUCCCGACCAAAAUCUGCACGCCCACAAUCAGCUUCAACGGAACCCAACGCGCAUCCCGAGGAACGUCCCAGAUCUUCUCGACCCAAAUCCGGACGAACUCAAAUAGCGCCUGAACAAUCAAUAAAUGAAGAAGAUCUGCAACCUAAAUCUAAGGUUAAACCCGAAUCUCCAGACAAUCACAGUCAUCCUGAACCUCCGGAAACGAACCAGAUCCUCGCUGAAAAAAUAGAGGAAGUCAAACAAGCCAUUCAGGGUAUCGAAGAGAAGAUCAACAAUGUGGUACUUAAAACUGUUGAAGCAAUCAACGAUUCACCGCCGAGUCCAUCCAAGCUUCAGAAAUCCGAAUCAGCAGAUUCGGCGACUAUGUCAACGCCAAAAAUGCACAAGCCUAACCUAUCGCUCGAAGUUCUACUGAAAACCAGCACAGACACAAAGGAUAACUUGGAAAAAGGGACUCCAGGAGAAGAAAAGGAGGCGAAAGAUUACAUCAAGGAGCUCAAUAUAGACAUUCCAGAAGAACAGAACAAUGAGGCUCCUCCGGUUUCUGACCCGAAGCCUAACGGAACAUCCAAAAUACCGAAAAUGGUCAAAACUGGCAUUCCCAAGCUGAACACGAUGCCGUCCCCCGUGCGGACAAAACUAUCCCCAAAACCGGAGGAAGAAGACAAAAGUCCGCCUACAAACCCCACGCCUAGCAAACAUUUAACGGUCAACGAGCGAGGUCGAUCGAGGCGUCGAAGUCGAUCGGCGACUUCGUUUGUUUUACCCAGAAGUAUAUACAGAAGUCCUGCAGCGUUGAGUCCGGCUCCACACAGUGGAGUCGAAAUGAUACACAACUUACUGAGGAGUCCUUCGACAUCGCCCAACCGAGUCAGACGCAAGAGCUCCGCUACGGACUUUCGAAAGGAAUCUUUGGCAACGAGUGACAAGAACAACAACAGUUUAGAACUGAACAAUUUGAAUGGAGGAGAGAAGAGUGAUAAAUGUAUCAAUGUCAAUGAGGACGAUAUCUACGAUGUGUUCGGAAAGACUAUUGCUACUCAAACAUCCGUAGAUGAGCUGGCCGAACCGGCGCUACCUUCUGCAAUGGUAUCAAGAACAGGAACCGACAUGGAAAUCCCUAGUAUCGUCAACGUGCAUCCUACCGACGAGAGCACCGAUGCAGAAAAUAACAUUCCACAUUCUGCAAACUCUAUGCGUGUCAUUCGAACGAAACCAAGCUCUCCCAAAAUGCUAGAAUCCAAAAUCGUCAACUCGUGGGAGGACCUAGGCAUCGUGGAUAGAGUUGCUCUGCAACAGCUCAAAAGUGGAGACUGGCGAAUACGUUCCCAAGGAUUUUGUGCCAUUGAAGAAUCACUCAAGUCGUCCGACAAUCUGGCUAAGGUUCAACCGUAUUUGGAAUCUCUUCUACGAACUCUGCUCUCUUCGGAGCGCAAUCCGGACAUAAUCGACGAUAAGGUGCGGAUGCUAGUCAAUCUUAUAUCACGUCUUCCGUUGGAGAACCUCGAGGACCGGGUGGGACAAAUUAUGACCGGCUUGUGUCGCCAGGGUGGUCCCGGAAGCAACAACGUGGCGAAGGCCCUCAUGCAACGUCUGCCAACGGCCGCCAUUGUUCAGCGGCUGCUAUCCGAUGAGUUCCUACAUGCCAAAAGUUCAAAAUUUCGUGAGAAUGCACUGCAAAUGGUUCUGUUUGCACUGAUGACAUUUCCCAGCACGUACUUUGACAUCAAGACGCUGAUUGCAAGAGCCACCGAGGCUGCAGUGGACCGGAAAAAGCGAGUCCGACAUGGAGCGCUCGAUGUGCUAGCAGUAUUAGGCCAAAUCAGCUCGCCUAAACUGGUCCUAGACGUGGUGUGUUCUUCGGUUGCUCAGCGUCCCGACGGAAACCAUCUGAUAGCAGCCGUCAAGGCAAGAUUGGCCCGGAAGCAGCUUCCGUUCAUCGGUCCAGAUGGCAGCGUGGAGUAUGCGCUGAAGGUUCCCUCGUGUCGAUCCAGUUCCGUCAUCAUGUUCGGUGCCGACGUGGACUGGAUCGAGGCCGGAAGUGGUUCCGCGUCGCCAACGUCGACUCGUUCGAAGAAGUAUCCUAGCUUCCAGGUGGAUGGCGGUUCAUUCGAGGAGUAUAAGAGGAAACCGAGCUUCCAAGUGUUCGACGAAGUAAAGCAACCGAUAGACCAGAACAAAGCUGCGAGCUCCGGGUGGGCUUCGAAAAUUCCUGUAAGUCAGACGGACGGUAAUAUACCUGCAACCAGUAAUGGAUCGAGACCAUUCUAUGGAAAUGUACAAUCACGGUCAUAUCCGGAGCUAUCCGAGCAACAACAGCAAAGGAAGCUUCCUCCAACCAACAAUGGCAAAGGCGACGGAAACGUAAAACAACAGCCCACUGGACGAUACGCCAAACAGUCAACGGUUUCAAGAUUUCCCGAAAUGGAACCCAAGCAGAGUGUGAGAAAUGGACUGAAUGCAAAGAAUAGCAACCCUUACGAGAUGAAGCCGGCGAGGCCAACCCGUAGUAGGCUGUGUUCCCGAUUUAGUGACGGCUUCAUGAGUGAUACCAUAGCCAGCGCCAAUCGAAUACUGCAAAACGAGUCCCGUCCGUCGACUGAUCCGGCCAUCGACAAUGGAGCGAUACGGCAAUCACGGAAUGGCAUGAGGUUUUACAACCCCAACAUUAUGACAAGUAACAACAAUUCUAGUGGUAGACAACAAGUUGGAUCGCAUGCGCAGAAACAGGACCUGGACCAGCGUCCCAAUUUAUCACCGAGCAAAUCCCAUGGAAACGGUAGCAACAAUAACAUUAACUAUCACGCUUAUAAUAGUAGUGGGCGAUUUUUUGGCGCGGAAACAAUCGAAGUUACUCAUCGGUCACGUUUUCUCGGAGAACAAGAGAACGAAUCAGGGCCUGCUAGCGGAGCCAUCAAUCAGGAGAGUUAUAUCAUACAUCGUGACGAACAGUAUGAAAGCGAUGAUGACAAGUCCAGCAACGAUUCUACUUCGACACGUAUCAUCUCAAACAGUACAUUCAACUUCGGUAGUAAGAAUAGCGAUCCUUAUCCACCUACGCCGAACAUCAGUCACCCACCAUCGAUACUGUCUUCGAGACCACAAUCAGUUACCUCACAUAAGUCGAUUGGAUCAGGAAUCUUGAAAAAUGACGGAAGGCAAUCAAGGACCAGCAACAUGUCGUUCAAACAAUCAACUGACAAUGUUUCGGUCAAAUCCGGUCGUUCAGCUAAGAGUCGAGAGAAUACAGUAUGGUAUGAACGUGAUGGAACUCCGAUCCGGAGUGAAGACGUUAUUAGUUCCAAUCAGGUUAACUACGAGUCAGACUAUGACGAGGAUGUGGAAGAGGAAAUCAUACAGCCACAGCGUUCAGCAACUCCGAAGCGAUAUCCCACGCCAAGCCCACAUCCUUUGCAGUCAUCAUAUUCUACCGAAGAGUUAUCCAACACCAGUUACCAAGCAGAAGAAGCUGAAGUUUCACCGCCCAAAAGUCGCGUUCACUCGGCCAGUCUGGGAAAUCUUCAACAAUUGCCAGAUGACGAAGAACCUCCACAGCCUGCACCUGCCAAGAAGAUCCUCAAAAAGCCUUUCCUAGUUCGUAAAAGCAGUAAAGUCGCUCCCGUGAAGGAGGUCGUGAGCGGAGUCAAAGCCAGGAAUAAGAUGAAUGAAGUGAUUUUUCAGAAAACCUUACGAAAAUUCGAAAAACCAAAAGAUGCUCUUUCUAACUGCAUUUCUCAUCUGGAGAGUCCUAACUGGGAGCAGAACAUAAGUGGACUACAGUUUUUCGUUCGACUAAUACGCCAUCAUCCGGAAGUCAUCGACAGUCAGAUUCAUCUGCUUUCGGUAGCUCUCGCCAAGCAAGUGCGUAAUCUUCGAUCUCAGGUCGCCCGAGCAGCAUGUCAGGCUUCAGCGGAGUUCUUCUCCACUCAUCGACGCUGUAUAGAGGGAGAAGCGGAAGACCUCGCCACUCAUCUGCUUCAUCGCACUGCCGACACGAACAAGUUCCUUCGAGCCGACGCAACCCAAGCGCUGGAAUCCAUGUGCGAAAACCUUUCAAACUCCAAGGUUAUCCACAUCAUCUCGUUCAAGGGCGCGACCCACCAGAAUGCCGUAGUUCGAACGACCGCUGCCAAGCUACUUGACAAGAUUGUCCACCAAAUCGGACCGGACAAAGUGUUUGCACUGCCCAAAGAAUCUCGCGAAAAGCUGGUACUCACAGGAGCACAGUUGCUCCUGGAAGGAUCUCUGGACACGCGCAACUACACGAAGAGUAUGUUCAAGCAGCUCUCGGAACAUCCCAACUACAAUAAAGUAUUACUGGAAGUGAUUCCUCCGCGGACCUACCGGAACAUCGAGAAAACGCUCAAGAGCAUCAAACACAUGUAAGCGGAUUUUGUGCAAACGAGCAAGCGGUGUCAUCUACGGUUGAAAUGCAUUUAUGUUAUUGUUUUGUCCUAUACAUCCGUACAUCUUAGAGAAAUUAGUUGAAAUCUUUGUAAUGCAACUGUAAAAUGUCAACACUAUAUGAAAUUUACUAUCAGAAAUAAAUGUUAUAUAAACUGAA